AUGCGUUUUUCACCGUGUCUGCUCCUCGCCGGCCUCUCGACCGGCGUACAUGCCUUCUACCCGUGGGAAUUGAAAGUGGAAACUGGUUUAUUGCGCCGCUUCAUGCCAUGGACUCUGCUACCUUCGACUGAGGAUGACAUAUCCGCUAAGAAGCCACUGACAUUCGACAUCAAGAAAGCCUCCGUUCGUCGUGACACUUACUCGAUUGUUGAAGCCAAUACCCCGACUUUGCCGAACAGUGCGCCACUGGACCAAGAUGGAAUGGACUACUCUUACUUCGCCGUGGUGCAAGUUGGCUCACAGAAGGAGGAAAUGUGGCUCGCCUUGGAUACCGGAUCCCCCAGCAGUUGGGUUUUCGGCACCAGCUGCACUGACAGCGUCUGCACGAGUCAUCAUACAUGGAACAAGUCUGAGUCGAGUAGCUACUACUCGAACAGCUCCUCCUAUAGCAUCGGUUACGGAAGCGGAGAUGUAAAAAUGGACCUGGGCCAGGACAUAUGGUCAGUUGCAGAUAUGGACGUGACGUUCACUUUCGGAUCGGCAUUUUCGGUGAACGAGUCAUUUACAAACUACCCCAUUGACGGUAUCUUGGGCUUGGGACGAUCGCAUGCUGAUGGCUGGACUAUUCCUUCCUUCAUGGACGUUGUUGCCUCGAAGGCUUUGCUCGGCUCUAACGUCGUUGGCUUUAGUCUGUCGCGUGCUGCGGACGAUCCCAAGGAUGGCGAGGUCAACUUUGGCACUAUUGAUACCACCAAGUUUGAUGGAAACAUCAGCUACACUGCAACCAACCAAGACACCUGGACCAUUCCCCUGGAUGAUGUUUACGUGAACGACCAAGCCGUCAACCUCACCGGAAAGUCUGCCACCAUCGACACUGGCACCACCUAUAUUCUGAUUCCCCCGGCCGAUGCCGCAUCUCUGUUCGCACUUAUCCCCGGAUCUUCACCCUCGGGAGAGAACUACAUCAUUCCUUGUAACUCGACUGCCACUCUGGAGUUUGAAUUCUCUGGUAUCAAGUACUCUAUCCAGCCGGAAGACUACAUCGGCGCAUCUAGCACCGGCGGCUGUGUUUCAACUAUUGUCGGCCACGACUCCUUUGGAAAUAAUACUUGGCUUGUCGGAGACGUUUUCUUAAAGAAUGUCUACACCGUCUUCGACUUCGACAACGUACAGGUUGGCUUUGGAGGACGCUUAGUCAACUCUACGUCUGUAAAUGGCACCUUCUCCUCUUCUAACACCACUGCCGCGGUUACUGAAGGUUCUACGAGUGCUGCCACUGCCUCAGGAUCGGCCUCCACAACAGCCGUUGCCACUGGCUCGGCAUCCCAUCUCUCCCUCGGCGUGGGCUCUUCGCUGCUCAUGACCGUUCUAUCCGUGCUCUUCCUUCGAGCAUAG